AUGCGAAACGUCUUGUCUCUUUGCAGCGCUGACAUAUGUUACUUGACGCAACGUGUUUUAAUCUGCCUUACCAUUUUUUUUGUUAUUUGUUUCAGAUUGGUCGAAAGGUUCCUACUGGACGCCUACAAGCCUCGACAGGUGUCCACGUUUGCCCUCAACAUCUUCAGGCACCAGACCAAGGUGGACGGGGAAGAAGUGGUUGUCGAUUUUUGGGACACCGCAGGACAGGAGCGGUUUAGGACACUCCAUCCUUCGUACUACCAUCAGGCGAAUGCCUGUAUCCUGGUGUUCGACGUAACGCGGAAAGUGACGUACAAAAACCUUGGCAACUGGUACAAAGAGCUCCGGGACUACAGGCCGCACAUCCCCUGCUUCUGUGUAGCGAACAAGAUCGACGCGGACUCCUCGGUGGUCCAAAAGAGCUUCAACUUUGGCAAGAAGCACGGGAUGCCCUUCUUCUUCGUUUCUGCGUCAGACGGCACAAAUGUCGUCAAGAUGUUCCGCGAAACGAUCGCUGCAGCGGUGCAGUACCGGAAACAUCCGACGGAUUUCAUGGACCAAGUCCUUCAGGAACUGGAGCAAUUCACGAGUGAUGACGAAAGGGAGGACGGCUCGUCAACCCCCGGUGGGAGUACCCCGAAUAAACUCGCGUGA